CAAGAAGUAACCAUCAUUUACGUUGUAAAACUUAUUUUUGAUGUUUAGGAAGUUUUAGAAAUUAAUGUAUCGUUAUUAAUACAAGAACGGCGUUGUUUUUGACCAGUUGGAUUUUAUUAGAUUAUCAAUAUAUGUUUUGAAUUUUAUCAAGAGCUUUCGUUUGGAAUGGAUGCAGCGUGGAUUCAUUGUUUGUUUAUAGUGAAUCAUGAGAUCAGCUGACUAACGUUAGCUAGCUAGCUACCAAUUUCUGGUUUAGCAAAGCAGCUAACGUUACAAUGUGUUUGGAAAUUGUCGUUCAGUAUUCAUGCUUCCCAAAUGACAUUUGAAACGAACUCUUAUACCAAGCUAUAGCUGGCAGCGGUAAUAGCUAGUUGUUAGCUAGCUAGCUUGCUUGCUAGUUAGCAUUAGCUUUGUUUUCACCUAUUGACCCAGUGAGUGUAGGACGCUUGACAACUUGCUGUGGCUAACUAGCUUACCAUUACAAAUAUGCCUUGUACUUGUGGCAACUGGAGGAGAUGGAUUCGGCCUCUGGUCGUUCUUCUAUACUUUCUGGUUGUGCUUGUCGUCCUACUACCCCUGUGCAUCUGGGAACUACAGAAAUCAGAGGUUGGUACCCAUAACAAAGCAUGGUUCAUAGCUGGGAUAUUCGUGUUCAUGACCAUACCCAUAUCACUAUGGGGGAUCCUGCAGCAUCUUGUAAACUAUACUCAACCAGAGCUACAGAAACCAAUUAUCAGAAUAUUAUGGAUGGUCCCCAUUUACAGUUUGGACAGUUGGAUUGCGUUGAAGUACCCCAGCAUUGCCAUCUAUGUGGACACGUGCAGGGAGUGCUACGAGGCAUACGUCAUCUACAACUUCAUGAUCUUCCUGCUCAACUACCUAGGAAACCAGUACCCCAGCCUGGUACUGAUGCUGGAGGUGCAGGAGCAGCAGAAACACCUUCCUCCCCUCUGCUGCUGCCCGGCAUGGCCCAUGGGAGAGGUAUUGCUAUUGAGAUGCAAGCUGGGAGUGUUGCAGUACACGGUUGUCAGACCAGUCACAACAGUUAUUGCCUUGAUAUGUCAGCUCUGUGCUGUGUAUGAUGAAGGUAACUUCAGCUCAACCAAUGCAUGGACGUACCUGGUGAUAUUCAACAAUAUGUCCCAGCUGUUUGCCAUGUACUGCUUGGUGCUGUUCUACAAGGCCCUAAGAGAGGAACUGGCCCCCAUCAGACCAGUGGGGAAGUUCGUGUGUGUCAAAAUGGUGGUGUUCGUCUCCUUCUGGCAAGCUGCGUUCAUCGCUCUCCUGGUCAAGGUUGGAGUGAUCUCAGAGAGACACACGUGGGACUGGGACAGUGUGGAGGCUGUAGCUACAGGCCUACAGGACUUCAUCAUCUGUGUGGAGAUGUUCCUGGCGGCCAUCGCCCACCACUUCAGCUUCACCUACAAGCCCUACAUACAGGAGGCUGAGGAGGGAUCCUGCUUCGACUCCUUCCUGGCCAUGUGGGACAUCUCUGACGUCAGGGCUGACAUCUCUGAGCAAGUCCGCAACGUCGGGAGAACGGUUAUGGGCCGACCUAGGAAGACCUACUUCGGUGAGGCGGAGGACGACGGCGAGCGCUCAGGCUUGCUUUCUCCAGGCUCCCUGGACGCCAUCGGUCCCACGGAGGCCUUGUCCAACCCGGCGUCCCCCAAGGGUCGGUACCAGGGCCUGGGCCAAACCCAAACGCCCCACUCCCUGUCGGCCCCCGCCGGGCUCAGCAAUGCUCAGUGGAUUGGAAAGGAGAGGGAAGACGAUGGUAGACAAGCUCCAGAGCCCAGAAACACCACCAACGAGCCAACAGACUCGGUUACAGACGACCUUGUCGUUAUCACCUAACUUAGCGACAUCGCUAAAAUCCUCCAAUGGGAACUCUGAAUGCACGUUAUACCAAACACAGUUGGGCAGGAACCAAGUAUGGCCUCGGCUAUGUUUCCCCUACAGACGAUAUUUGGCUAACCCGCACAUGACCAAAUUUAAAGCAAGCGUUGAAAAAGCACACGUUAAUCAAGCAACAUUGUAGUGAGUCAUUAGUCCACCAGGGUUGAUGCAGAUGGACCUCUGUCAAUGACAGCUCGAAGAAUGUUCAUAAGCUUUCGUAAGGGUCUCAUGACACUUAAGAUAUUUUUUCUUGUAUCUGUAUUGUACUACUGAGUCAUAAUGGUAAAGUACGGUACCUCAAUACCUUAUUUUAGUAGAACCCCUCUUCAUUGUAAUGGGUCUGGACUUCAAGUUCAAAAGCCGGUGAGAGAUUUUACCAGUAUACUUGUUCUAUAAUAGCACUACAAACUCCAUCAUUUACCAAGGCUUUUAGUUGUUGCUACGGAAACGUUCAGAGUAUUAUAUAUGUAGCUUUUAAACUGAAACUUAUACAAAAUACUGGUUUGCAGACAGUACCUCUCAUUCUAGGGGUUUUCUUUAUUUUUACUAUUUUCUACAUUGUAGAUUAAUAGUGAAGACAUCAAAACUAUGAAAUAACACGGAAUCAUGUAGUAACCCCAAAAUGUUUU